AUGUCUGGCGAGACGGACUGGAGGUCCAAUUUGUCUUCCUUGACCCGGUACGAGAAUAUUCAGGCAUUAAAAGCUUCUAUUGAGUUGGCCGACCCCUUGCAUGCGUCUGCUCAGAAGCAAGCCUUUACCAUUGAGAACGAGGCUUACAAAAAUUCCAACACUCUUGACGAAUACCAUGCUGCGUGCCAGUACAAUCAUCAAUCGGAACCUGAAUCUCUAGCUACUGAGCAGCACACCGAGUUGAUCGAGCCAGCUGUGCCAAUCUCUAACAUAUCCAUUGGUCAAUAUGGAAACUGUUUAUAUGUGGCAAGUGGAGUGACUGCAGAGGUCUAUCGAUCUGGUAGCCGAGCUCUCAAGGUCAUUACCGAAACACGCAGCAUUGAGCCACACAAUCCAGCUCGCGAGGCCAAAAUCCUGGCGACCCUCGAGAGAUCGUGCAUUCCCCUUCUUGAGACUUUUCGAGACCAGGAGCAACGAUUUGUGUUGGUCUUUCCGUAUAUGCCAACCAGUCUAGAAGCGCUCAUUGCCCAAGGAUCAAUCUCCUUGGCUCGCCUCAAGAAGCACUUUAUUGAUAUAUUCGGCGCUCUCGAGCACAUUCACGAGCAAGGCAUCAUUCAUCGAGACAUUAAGCCCUCUGCCGUUCUUCUUGCUUCGCCUGAUGGGCCAGCAUACUUGUCGGAUUUUGGCACGGCUUGGCACCCAACAUUUUCAGCCACGGCAGAGCCCAAGGAUCAGAAAAUCCUAGACAUUGGCACAGGAGCUUAUCGAGCACCCGAGGUCUUGUUUGGAGACAAGUCAUAUGGCACGGCAGUGGACAUGUGGGGUGCUGGCGCCAUGUUGGCGGAAUGCUCAAGAAAUCCUCCCCGGACAUUGUUCGAGUCGCGGCCAGUUCACGAAGACGGUAAUCAGCUUGGCUUGAUCUUGAGCAUAUUCAAGACAAUGGGAAGUCCAACACGCGAGUCUUGGCCGGAAGCAGCAAACUUCAAGACACCGCCAUUUGACAUGUACCGUAGCUUCGAGCAACACACAUGGGAAGAGAUUCUACCCGACACCAGAGCCGAUUUCCGAGCCCUCAUUGCAAGACUUGUUCAUUACAACAGCAACCGUGCAACUGCUGCUCAGGCAAGUACUCGCGUCGAGCUCCUCUAUUCAUGA